UUCAUCCAGCCUUCCCCUCGGCAGGAAUCACUCGCCUUUCCCCUCCUUAAUGGAAGGCCUGUCGUGGUCUGUUCACCCCCUUUGCCGUUAUCAUCUAUGGACGAUGGGCUCUUAAUGAAGGAGGAAUUAGGAGCAUAUCUCCUUGACAGCCGCAUGACUGAGCAACUUCUUCAGUUCGAGUCAUGGGUAAAUCAUUCAGGUGCAUCAAAAGACCAAAAGACCCCCUUGAAUAGGCGACUGGCGACCAAAGCCACAAUGAUGAUUGAAGUGUGUCUUGGUGCUGCCCAUUUCUGCUUCCUGUAUAAUCUAAGCCUAGCCAUCUCCGAUAGCCCUGAAUUGACUAACUUUACAAUGGACAGUCACUACUGGCUCCUGCUUAGUCUUGUCCGAGGGCAGAAUACUUAUGAUGCUAACUCCCCACGGAACGGAUGUCUCGCACAAACUAACAAACGACCGAGGCACCAUCAAUAUCCCGCGGACAAUUAUGGACAAACGCUAAACUCGCAAGUUCGCUUUUGUGGAUGCGGGUCUGCCAAGGUCGGAACUCCGGAUUAUGGUUCUUCUGGGAAAUAUUUCCAUGAUCCUGCGAUCUCGAUCGCGAACGUUGUUGUGAUGAAGUUGGACCCGUCAUCAAGUCUCGAUCGAUCUCUUCCUGGAACGGCAGUACCGUGGUUUGGCAAACUCUUAGAGAAGGAUGAACCCAAUCUGGCUCAACUGUGGGAAGCUAAGACGGGAUCCGCAUGAGCGAUCCUUGGUUACGAGCAAAAAAUAUACCGCUUGAGCAGCAGGUUGAUUAAUCCAGAGGUUUCAUCCUGAAGAGGUUUUGUUCUGUCAUGGCAACCAUCGUGUAAAUGACCACCUAGCCGGUCUCGUGUCUAGUUUGCUGUGCAAAUGGGCCAAUGAACAUACUUGAACCCACCUGUC